AUGUCAACUGAAUGCUAUGUCACUCCUAUGGUCCGGGAGCCCGGAAACUGGAUCCAAUCCGCAAAAGAAGACACCAACGCCUACAGUGCAAAGAGAGAUGAUACCCCCUGCCAUGACAGUCGGCCCCGUUGGACACCCUUCUUCUUACGCCGAUCUGUCAUUGUGUUGUUUCUACUUAUCUUCAUUGCCAUCUUGUGCUCGCUUGUGGCUUUGUUUGUCUACUCUGGACGUCAGCAUAAUAGCCUUGGGAUAAAAACACCAGGCUCAAAAUAUUAUUACUUAUGGACAUAUGGUCCAACAGCCGUGUUCACGACCCUGGCUGCGGGUUGGACUCAGGUAGAAUAUCGGGCUGUGCAAUUGAUGCCGUGGGUUUUAAUGUCCCAAGGGCCGACGCUCGCCUCAGAAAGCAUUUCUCUCGACUACCUCUCAAAUUGGAAUGUUCAAUCUUUCUUCAAGUCCUUUAAGAAGAAACACUAUCUGGUUUCCAUUUGCAUCGCGGGCUCGUUGCUACUAAACGCAGUAACUGUGUUCUCCACGGCUCUAUUCGAGCUCACCCCGGUUCCUAUAAAUCAGGCCGUGAACCUCACUGUGACACACACAUUCAACGCGACAGAUUGGAAUCCUAUUUAUAGCAAUUCCCGGCCAAUGGGGGCUUGUCUUGGAUUUAUGAAUGAUAAUAUGAGUCGGCCAAUUGGCCUUCACGACCCUUACGUCUACCCACCCUUCCAGAACGCAAACCUUGGUCCGAUCGAUAAUUACACUAUAACUGCAAACCACAAAUACCAAGCUGAAUUGGAUAUUUUUGAGCCAACCCUCAAAUGUUCCAAUGUGACCGUCAAGUUCGAGUUCAACCCUACGAUGGUUGGCAGUCCCGCGGCCUGGACCGCUGAAUUUAUCUCGAAAGAUGGAUGCACGGUACGACAAAAGCCUGGGUACGAAGUUUCUGGAAUUGAUGCUUUUUUUGCCCAAUGUGAAAGGGCGAAUGGCUCGAUGAAUGUCUCCUGGAGUCAAGGCUAUCGUCUUUGGGCAGUAGUUGCUCCAGGUGAGGGGUUCUUCCCGAAGGAAACCAAAGCCAUCAUGUGUGAGCCAGGCUAUACUAUAUUCCGAGGACCGGUGACAAUUUCGCGAGAUCCUGAACGAAACGGCAUAUCUACCUCCAUACCAGCCAACAAACUCGUCACAGUGGAGACCAUUGCAAAUGUGACAGGCGGCAAAAUCCUUUCGACAGCUUAUGGAUCGCUGGCCCUCACAGCAAAUGCUUUAGGCAUGAGUAACCCAUAUGUCUAUACUUCUACCCUUACGCCUGAACAAUUUUUGGACUCCAUUGACCUUUUUGUGGCGGCAAUCAAGGAUUCAUGGAGCUGCAUUAUGCGGAUGGUGGUCAGAGACUCACUGUUAGUGCCGAAUCCACACAAUGUCGAAGGUAGUGAGCAAAUCAUCGAGCAACGACUGUUCGUUCGCCCUCUCUCAUUCUGGUCGAUGAUUAUUCUGAUUGGGAUUCUUAUCGUGGAUACAUCCUUUCUGCUAUACUUAUAUGUCCCUGUCUCUGUAUGCUCGAGAGAUACUAGCUCCAUUGGAGGGCUUGCAACUGUAUUAUCGCGGAGCUCAGAGUUUAUGUCUACGUUCCAAACCUCUCACUAUAAGUCAGAGUCAGAGAUGACAGUCUCAGCUUUGCCUCAGAGCCGGUAUAUAACACAAACGACAAACAGCGGAGACUUUAGGAUUCUUCCGUGCGAUGACAUGCCAAGUACAGUGCAUGCCUCGUCUGCUAAGACCAAUGAACUGGUCUGGUGGAGCCCACUCUCGUCGACUUGGGUUAUUCGGUUCCCUCUGCUCGCUAUCCCUCUUGCGGUCAUCGUGGCACUGGAAAUCAUCUACCGCAUUUCUGAGCGCUCUCGUGGCAUUGCAUCCGUUGGAAGCAUGUCACCAUACUUUCACUAUGUUUGGUCCUAUCUUCCCGCAAUUAUUAUGUUUGGUAUCCGCUGCUUGUUUCAAUCUGUCGAGUUUGGCGCACGGGUCUUUCAACCAUAUUCCGUUCUCACACAGGGAUCCGCUCCAGCGGAGACAAGUAUUUUGGAAAAUCAGCUGCGCAAAAUUUCCAUUUACGCUGUCUACGACACCCUUUGCAAAAGACAGUGGGCCAUGGCGACAGCAAGUUUCCCGUUGCUCUUAGGCGCAAUCACACCCAUUGUUGUCUCUGGCCUCUACACAACCAGGAAUUCCGUAGCGAUUUCGUCUCUCAAUCUCACGCAAGCGACAAGAUGGAAUAUUGGAGAUCCAUCGGCAUAUUGGAAUCGCGAGAACUUCACGACCGCUCCUAUUUCCGGCAUGAUCAUUCAAUUAAAUAUGUCCUAUCCCCAAUGGACUUACAAAGAUCUUGCGUUCCCUAAGUUUACCCUCGCGAAUUCCAACGACAAGACAACUGACACUCCUGCACGUGGAUAUAUUCAAGCCCGCCUGCCAGCGUUGCGUGCGCGACUCAACUGCCACGAACUCAAGAACGGCAGCUGCACGUGGAAGGAUACCACAUACACCAACGAAGUACAAAUUUACCAUGAUGUUUGGCAAUGUGAUCCCACUCCUGAUUGCAACAAUUAUGUGCGAUCCUCGUCAUGUGCGCCAGAUGCAGAGCCAAAUAAACGGGGAUACCAAUUCUCCUCCGGGAUUUAUGAUUAUUAUCCUGGGCUCCCCUCAUACUGUCCGAGUCAUCGCAUGUUGUGGAGCAAAUGUUAUCGAGACCCCAGAUACAAUACCUCCGCAAACCACCACGUAAUAGAUUGCAAUGCAACAAUGGAGGAGGUUGAUGUUGACGUCCGUCUGGAAGUGCCGUCGUUCUCCUUCGAUCCAGAGUUUGAGCCGAGAGUGGUGAAGGGAUCCGCCCGGCCGAUCACUGUUGACAAGACAAUGUUUGUCAGUUUUGGAGAAAUCUAUACAUUCUUGCUUGAUGUAUUGCCUUCCAAAGGGUACAACACCUUCGGUGAUCCUGACCUCAUGAAGCAGGCUUUGGUAUAUGGAAUUGAUGGUGUCCCUGCAGAGGAGCUCAGUGAUCCAUCGAGGCUCAUAUCCCGUGCCAACGAGAUCUUUGGUAUUGUCACGGCGCAGGCCUUGAACAGCUGUGGUCAUGAGUCCUUUGACAAACCCCUCAAUCGAUCAUGGGUAAUAUCACCCAUGACCUCGAAGGCACCAGUUUACAAAGCGAUGUUCCAUGAUGGGAGCGACUAUCUUGUUCAAGAAGAGCUCUCAACACGCAUUCUUCAAGGACUUAUGGGGGCUAUGGUCGUUAUCGCAGCUGUGGCGAGUUUACUGUACGGAUCCCGGAUCCUGGAGAAUGAUUUUUUACCUUCAGAAGCGGAAUGGUGUGACGACAACGAGCUGAAGAGGCGGGGGGUAUUUGAAGGCCGGACAUUCUCGAUGGGUUGGUGGACGACAGCCGGAAAAUCUUUAGAUGAAAGUGGGCUUUACGCGGCGGAUACGAUAACCAGAGCCUCGAGUCUUCCUAGCUGGUCUAGCCAUGGUGAUACGGAGGGUGAUGUCGAGGCUCAUGCUGACGCUGAGCGAAUCACGCGACAGGGAAGAAGAUUUGGCAUCGACGUUGAUUGUAACGAAGAUGGACAGCAUCUGGACUGA